CAAGCAGGUAGCAUGUCGAAGGCUGCGUUUGAAAGAGCAAUUGAAGGGAUGGAUAGCGUGUUCAACGAAAUAAAGGACAUCCCGCAUGAUAUUGGGCCAAAAAAAAACACGACAUGAAGAAAUACAACAGGACAGGAAACAUAUAGGCAAGGAGACAGUGACGAAGACAUGUGCGGGCACAAUGAAGGUACACAGGAAAUCGGGCAAACAAGUAAUGCAGUUGUCACGGAAAAUAAUCCAUGUCAUGACCACUUGAACAUGGCAUCAGGAGAGGCAGUGGGUGAGGGAAAUAAAGGGGAGUCCAGCGAUCAGGACACUACAGUAGCACUCAAUGUUGGCGUAACCCAGGAAAGCGGGAUUUCAAUGGAACGACCACCUUGUGCAAAGACUAAGGGACGUAGCAAGACAUUAGCCGAAAUGAAUGAAGUCACUCUUGGAGCACAAGGAGAAAAGAAGGGAACCAGAAGAUGCAGCGUGUGUAAAUUGAAGUCAACCCAUAACUCAGCGACAUGCCCAACGUUGCAAAAGAAUAAAGACCGCCUUGAAGCGAUGAAGAAUAAAAGGAGGGGCAGACCUGCGGGUGCAAAGAACAAGCAGAACAUGUAUGAUCAUGGAAACAAUAGGAAGGAACUGGAGGAAAGGCCGCUGCAAAGGAGGAGGCUUUUGGAAGACAACUCUUACAUAGGAAUCCCUAGUAAUUCCGAGGAUGAUGAUGAAUAUGUAGAUGAUGACCGGCAGGAGGAACAAGCCAUCAGUGGCGGGAGUGAGUAAUAGAAGUGAUGCAGGAUUUAGUGUUGCAUCACUAUAAAAGCUAAAUAUUGUAUUGAAUGCAGUCUUAAAACUCCUAAUCAGUAGUGUACUCCUGUAUGCUUGGAAAGUAUUAGUUGAAUGUUAGAACUAAAGUCUUCAAUCAGUGUCAGCCUUCCCUAGGAUUCCAUGUACAUUGAAGUGCUAAUAUUUUAGGACAAUAUUUGUGCAUUUGCAAUCAGCAUUAGUUUGGUUCAACAAAGAGGAUAAUUUUAUAUUU